AUGUACAAGCCUACUAAGCCUCGACCAAAGAAGACCAAUAUAACCCGCACACGAACGGGCUGCUUGGGCUGCAGAGACCGGCGAGUAAAGUGCGAUAAUUUAAAGCCUAUAUGUGGACGAUGUCAGCGAUUAGGCGGCGAGUGCAAACAGGACACCGCAUUCAAGUUUUGUCAAGUGUACCAGCCUAGUGUCCGACCAAAGCCAACCAAGAACUGUGAGAAGACCCGAGGAGCAUUAGAUUUGGAACUGCCCACGGCAAACCGAAUCCCAGAGGAUGGAGCCAAUCUAUCAGCAGAGACUGCAGGCAGAACAUUCGUCGAUGCUCAGGCCGGUCUGGUUGCAUUGAGGCGUUCAGCUUUGACGAUACCGCAAAGCCUUAUGCCGAGGACCAAUCCUGUAGAUGCCGCUAGAUUUUACUUGGCGGCGUGGGACUGGAAAUAUCUUGUUCCACCUUCGGUAUUAUGUACAGGCAACGUAUUUUCUUUGAGGUCGUCCCCUCUAUUUGCGGACAUGAUGGUGGCGCUGUCUGCAAGUCAUCUCAGCCGGACAUCGCCGCAACGAAGACUGCCCAUGGGCUCAAGCACAGGCGCACAAAACUUCCGACCGAAUCCAGGACAUGAGUCUCUCAGUGGAGAAUUCUAUGGAUCUGUGAUGAGGAAGAUGACACGAUGGAGCGCUCAAGACUUUGGCAGCCAUCCUCUCCUUGGCUUGGCUUUGAUUACACUGUUCUGUUUCAUCGAGUCGUCGAUGGGAUCAUUUCCAACCUUUGAACUGCACUACGACGGCGCGGCUCAAUUGAUUCGAAACUAUGCUGCAAGAACCCUCGCUAAACAUGGCCAGGCGGCCGAUCUUGUGAAGGCUCUCAUCGAGGUUCGGAUGCAAAUGUGGUGGCGCAGGGUGUACUUUGGUACUGCCGAGUUUCACAGGAAUCGACCAGCAGUGCUAUUCGAUCUCUCAUUCCCAGACUUGUUGGCCAGAGCGGAGUCCCGGCGCACGUCUAUUCUUUUGAUGCUGUGCGAGUCACAUCGCAUUCAUAAUGCGGCCAUCAUCGCACACUGGGACCUUUACGGUGACGAAGGCCGAAACUGUUCUGUGGAAGACCAGAACAAAGAAAAGAUUCUACAAAAAAUUGACUCACUCGACCAGCUAAUGGGAGGCGAGAGAGACAGACUUGAUGCCUGGUCACAAAUCCAUGCUUUGCCCAGCGCAAUAAGAAACUCGGAAGCCAAUUUGCAUAGCGCUGCGGCGCCACUAGAGGUGCUUCCGCUGCACACCUCAUCUCACGAUGAAGCCAUGACCUUUUCCUACUACAUCGCCUUGCGAGUGCUCCAACAAUCGGGCCCACUGGAUAGCUUGCGCGUCCAAAGCCCGGGGGAGAUACGCGAGUCGUACAAAGAAGUGGACUCGUGGAUUCAACUGCUACUGCGUGUCAUUGCCGGCAUGGACUGGAAUAAUUGUGUUCAUUUCAAUAUGUACACGAUUGGCAUCACGGGCGUAUUGCUCGCUUGCCUGCUCCGCUCUCACGACCCUGCCAUAGGACUGUGGUGUGAGGAAUGGUUACAGAGCUGUCUGGACGGAAGCAGUUUUGAGGAGGGUGGCUUUCCGUCAAGGACGCGAUACCUUUGGCCUUUUUCAGACAAUUGA